AUGGGCGGGUGGGUGCUGGCGGCGCUGGCGCCGACCUACUGCAGGAGGACCGGCGGGGCUUUGCAGGCCGGGUAUGGACUUGGAAGGGCUAGGGGUGCCCUGGGAGGCCUUGUUACAUGUGCCAGUCAAGCGGCAAGGCUCGCCCACAUCCUUACGCUACUGUCGUUGCUGCUCGUUUCUUGUGGAGUUGGCACCAUCCGCUGCUCCUCAACGACUACAGUACAUGAUAACAGCACAGACAUUACCUCGCUGCUAGAUUUCAAGUGGGCCAUCACCAGCGACCGCAGGCAAGCCUUGAGAUCUUGGCACGUCGGCAUCCCCCAUUGCAGUUGGGAAGGCGUCAUCUGCAGUCUUAGGCACCCGGGGCGCGUCACGGAGCUGAACCUCACUGGGCUAGGGUUGUCGGGCCUGAUUUCUCACUCAAUCGGGAAUCUAACGUUCCUUAGGAUUCUAAACCUGUCUAUAAACGACUUCACUGGGGAGUUACCUCCUCUCAGCCGUCUCCAAAGACUGAAGUACCUCCACUUGAGAAACAACUCAUUGCGAGGGAUCAUUCCAGAUACUCUUACAAAUUGCUCGAGUCUACAGACCAUAAGCCUACGUUACAACUUACUAAUAGGUGCAAUUCCCCGUGAUAUAGGCCGCCUAUCCAAUUUAGUGCUAUUAGAUGUUAUCAGUAAUAAUCUCACAGGAACAAUCCCACCAAGCCUAAAAAACAUUAGUCAACUUGAAUCUAUCUACCUUGAUGAUAAUAAGCUCACUGGAACCAUUCCUGGUGAGUUGGGAAAACUCCCAAAUCUUUAUCGAUUACUCCUUGCUGAAAAUAGGUUAUCUGAUGGAAUCCCAGAAACCUUAUACAGAUACAAUCAGUCUUCUCUUCAAGCUUUAGACAUGAGUUUUAAUAUGCUUGGGAAAACACUGCCAUCUAACUUCGGUGACACCCUCCUAAAUCUUGAAUUUCUCUUAUUGAACGAUAACAAUUUUGAAGGUCAUCUCCCAGCGUCACUAGGCAAUAUUUCAGGGCUAGAGUGGUUAGACUUGUCAUUCAACAAUUUCGUUGGUCAAGUUCCAAGUUCUUUUGGUAAUCUUGGACUGUUACAACGCCUAAACCUUCAGCAAAACAAUUUGUCGGGCUUCAUCCCAACAGAGCUGGGUGGCUUGAAACAGCUCACCCAUCUGUAUAUGUCUGAUAAUAAUCUGGAAGGUGUGGUACCAUGA